AUGUCGGGUCGUGAAGAUGAAGAAGAAGAUCUUGGAACUGCCAUGCAGAAAAUUCCCAUCCCUGUCAACGUAUUCGAUAAAGAACCCAUGGAUUUGGAUACGGUUUUCGGUUUUGCUGAUGGAGUAAGAGAGAUCAUAGAAGAUUCCAAUUUACUACUUGAGGAAUCUCGAGAGUUUGAUACAAACGAUUCCAAACCGUCUCGAAACUUCUCAAAUCUGCCAACCGCGACAAGAGGUCGUCUUCAUGCACCAAAACGAUCUGGAAACAAGCGAGGAAGACAAAAAAGACUGUCUUUCAAGAGUCCAUCAGAUCUUUUUGAUUCUAAAUUUGGCAUUACCGACAAGAGUUGUUCACAUUGCGGGACGAGAAAGACUCCGCUAUGGAGAGAAGGACCGAGAGGAGCGGGAACGCUAUGUAACGCGUGCGGGAUGCGAUACAGGACAGGUCGGCUACUUCCCGAGUACCGCCCUGCUUCAAGUCCGGAUUUCAAACCUAACGUUCACUCCAACUUUCAUCGAAAGGUUAUGGAAAUCAGAAGGGAGAGGAAGUCAUCUCCUCCGAAUAGCUUCGGUUUCUCGGAGUCGUAUCAUUCAACUAGGAAAUUAGGGUUUUGAACUACUUUGUUUUUCUUUUAUAAGUGUAUAGAUAAAACAUGAUAUUUUAUGUAAAUGAGUUUUUUUUUUUUUA